AUGUCAACUGGAGGUGUACUUGAUAAUACGUCAAAUUUUAAACCUGUUCGUGCAAAUAGCAAUGAUAUAACGGGCAGUUAUGAUAAUCCUAUGCAAAUGUUAUACAAACCACAGCAGCAACAACAACCACAGCCACCCGCAUCACAACAACAAUCGUCUCAGCAACAGCAACAAUAUGGCGGUGGCUCAUCGAAGUAUUCAAAUAAUAAUGCUGCAGCCAGUGGUGGCGUAGGCGGGAUACGUCCAGGAGCAACAAAACAAUAUUCUUACAAUAAUAACAAUAGCAGUAGCAAUAAUAAUGGAAGCACAAAACGAUCAGCUGGUGGAGUCGAAAAUGCCACGAAUGACAUGGUCAAUACGCGUAAAGUUUUUGUUGGUGGUCUAAGUCCUGACACAAAAAUGGAGGAUUUAUGUGAAUAUUUUGCUAAAUUUGGUGUUGUUGAAAGUGCGACGGUUAAAUUUGAUAAAUCUGGCCGAUCAAAAGGUUUUGGAUUUGUUCUAUUCGAAGAUCGUGAUACAACAGAUAAAGUCUAUUCUCAUGAUUUACAUGUAAUACGAGGAAAACGUGUUGAUACAAAAUCGGCUCAUAGACGUGAUCAAGCAUUAGCUAGAAAAGUAUUUGUUGGUGGAUUGGACACAGAAGUAUCUGAUAAUGAAUUACAUGAAUAUUUUUCAAAAUUUGGAAAGAUUGCACAAAUUGAAGCUCCUAUGGAUAAAAUUAAACAGAAGCGACGUCCAUUUUGUUUCAUUUUAUUUGAAAAUGAACAAAGUGCCGAAGAUGUUUUACAACAACAGCGACAUACAAUUGGUGGAAAACAGGUUGAUUGCAAGCGUGCAAAUCCGAAAAAUACAGAUAACAAUAAUUCCAAUAAUCAACAGCAACAACAGGCACAACAACAAUCGUACAUGAAUACUUUUUCCUAUCAACAGCGAGGCGGACCUCCGCAAUCUUCAUCUCAUCAACUUCAACAGCAACAGCAAUAUCAGCAAGCUUUAGCGGCACAGCAUGGAUUUCCAGCUUGGGGAGCAGUUGCGGGUGGUCCAGGACAACAAGUUUCCAACAACCCUCAACAGCAACAACAAAAUAUGUCACAACAGCGAUCUCAAAACAACCGAGGCCAACCUCAACAUCAACUGCAAUCGAAUAAUGCUCAAAGUCUACAACAGCAUAACUGGUCACAGAUUUCACCGGCGCAAUGGCCAAACACAAGCUAUGAUCCACGUUAUUAUAAUUCGAAUCCAUCAGCGGCGGCAUCAAAUACCAAUUGGCAAGUAACCGGUCCUCCACCUCAAACCAAUUCAUAUGGUCAGACUCCCGGUGCAAUUUUAACAAGUGCCCGUGCUCCAUCAACUGGACCAUCAGGUCAAACAAAUAACACAAAUCCACAACAACAAUACAAUGGAAAUACAACGUCAAAUGCAUUUCCAUACGGCGGUUGGAAUUUUGGUUCAACAGCUCCACCUCAAAGUGGUUUAACAGGUGCUAAUGGAGGUUCAAUUCCUCAUCCAACGUCUUAUGCAAAUGCAUAUGAUCCAACAAGUUCAACAGCUCCAUUCUAUCAUCCAAAUGCCGGCACAGCUCCCGCAUACGAUUAUUCUCAAGCUGCUUGGGCUACAGCACAACUGGCAGGAACGGGGCAGUAUGAUCGGGCGGUUGACGCCGCUAAUUAUUCACGUUAG